AUGAUAUUUAUGGGUAGUAUCUUCAUAUAUCUUUGCCUACAAAUUGUGCUAAAGUGGAUGUUAUUUUGGGUUAAACCUGAGACGAUUUUUGGUCGCCAAUAUCCGGGUUCGCAUUGCGCACCUUCUUUAUUGUCAUUUCUUGAAGCAAUACUUGUUAUCAUUGCUGUUCUUUGUAUACCUAUAAUGUUGUUUGGCAAACCGAUACAUAUUUUGAUGCAUCAACGAAGGGCAAAACGUGCUGUUUCUGAUAACAUGUAUGUACUUGGCUGUGUCUCCCAUACUGCUUCUUAUCUUAGACUAUGGGCUUUGUCGCUUGCACACGCACAGCUCUCGGAAGUUCUUUGGGACAUGGUGUUGGAGAACGCCUUUGCAUUUAACGACAUCAAAGGUUACAUCGCACUUUACGCAAUAUUUUUUGCAUUUGGGGUACUCACCUUCUCCAUACUUGUGCUUAUGGAGGGGCUUUCUGCUUUUUUACAUGCCUUACGUCUACACUGGGUUGAAUUUCAAAGCAAAUUUUACCUUGGACAAGGCUAUAUAUUUGCGCCUUUCUUUUUUAAAGAUAUUCUACAAAGGGCAUCAGUUGCUGAAAUGGCCUAAAACUUAAAAGAAUUCUAAUCAGUCACUUUCAAAAUCAACCCUUUCAAUGCAAAUAUAAAUGUUUUUAAUUAUUGGAGGGAUCUCCAAGUCUAUUUAGAUUUUUAUUUCAUUAGUACUCAUAUGUUCACUCAUUUACUAAAUUCAAAUAGGUUUUCACUUAAUCCG